AUGGUAGAGCCUGGCAGUGAGCUUGAGACUGGAUGGUUGUCAAGGCAGCGAUUGGAUGGGCAGGUGGGCCUGUGGGUGCUUCCUGGGAGCUGGAGCUGGUGCAGCUCUCAGUCCGCUUUGAGGGAGACUGGCGCCAGCAUGGAUGGGGUGGACAUGUGGGUCAGCACCUUAGCCCAGCUGAUGGCCAAGUGGAAACUGGAGGACACCUGGGAGCUGGUCCUUGAGGAGAACCUGGCCUCUGGGCACCUGGACAGUGGUGGUUUCCAGUACUAGCUGAGGGGGCUUUCCAGGCUGCAGUGCCACCGCUACCAGUGGGGCUGGUCCUCCACUCACGUGCACAUCCUGUUCCAUGUGCGGUGGGAUGAGGACAGCCACCAGUGCCCUGAGGUCUGCUUUGGGGACCACUGUGAAGCCUGAUACCUGAGUGUCUGCUUCUUCCAGACCCCACACCCCACCUGGAGACCCAAGGCCAGGAGCCCCAGCACCAUCCAGGCCAUGCCAGCCCUGGGCAGCAGCUCUGUGGACAAUCGCUCCCUGAGCUCUGUCCCCCCCUCCGUGUCUGACCUCUCUGAGAGCAACCACUUCUUCAGUGAGGACAUGGACAUCAUCACUGUCCCUUCCCUGGUGCGUGUGGGCAGGGACAAGGGUUGUGGCCCUGGAGAGGGCCACCUCAGCAAGGCUGGUCCCCAGGGGCUGCCAAUAAUCAAGGGGGGCUCUGCCGACCAGCCUGCCAAUCUCAGGGCCUCACCCACCAGCCUGGGUGCCCUGGUCAACAUGGAAGCCCCCAUCCUCCAUGGCAAAGGCCACCUGCUCAGCAGCAUCAAGCCUUCCCAGGAUGGGAACAGGCUCUGG